UAUAUAACAAUUUCUACUCACUGUUGAAAUGAUUUCCGAGAUGGUGGGGUGCUAGUUCGUACUACUAGUAUUUUUACCCAUAAGAAGAAACAACUAGUUGAUGAGAAAAAAGAAAAACACUAAAAAGAACAAUAUAGAUUGGUCCACGUAAGUUGACUAGAACAUUGACUUGGAAAUGGAAAAGCGUACAAAUUACCUUAUUAAUGCAGCAAAGGAAAGACUAGCAACAGGGAAAGAAACUAAGAAACCAGAGCUCAUCAAAAGUAGGCAGACAAAACCAGUAUUUUCUCUCAUUUGUUUUUGUGUUAAAGGAUGGCAAUGAAUGGCAAAGAUGAAGUACAAAGUCCGGCAAUCGGAAUCGAUCUCGGAACGACUUACUCGUGCGUCGGAGUUUGGCAGCACGACCGUGUUGAGAUCAUCACCAACGAUCAAGGUAACAGAACGACACCGUCUUGGGUUGCCUUUACUCAAAUUGAGCGUCUUAUUGGUGAUGCUGCAAAAAAUCAAGUGGCUGUCAACCCCACCAACACUAUCUUUGAUGCGAAGAGGCUCAUAGGCAGGAGAUUCAGCGAUGAGAUAGUGCAAAAUGACAUAAAGCUUUGGCCAUUUAAGGUUAUCGCCCACCCCGAUUCUGGUGAAGACAAGGAGCCAGUGAUAGUGGUGACCUACAAGGGUGAAGAGAAGCAAUUUUCUCCUGAGGAAAUAUCUUCGAUGAUCCUCGUGAAGAUGAAAGAGACAGCAGAGGCCUAUCUUGGCUCGACAGUAAAAGAUGCAGUGGUCACGGUUCCAGCCUACUUCAAUGAUUCCCAGCGUCAGGCUACCAAAGACGCUGGAGUCAUUGCUGGACUUAAUGUUAUGCGUGUUAUCAAUGAGCCUACUGCGGCUGCCAUUGCAUAUGGUCUCGAGAAGAGGGGUAAUGAGUGUGACAUCGCGAGAGUGAAUGUGUUGGUCUUUGAUCUUGGUGGUGGGACUUUUGAUGUCUCUAUAAUCUGUGUAGAAAAGGGUGUCUUUGAAGUGAAGGCGAUUAGUGGUGACACUCACCUCGGUGGUGGAGACUUUGACAACAAUAUGGUAAAUUAUCUUGUGGAAGAGUUUAAAAGGAAGCACAAUGUAGAUGUUAGUGAUUAUCCAAGAGGUCUUGUUAGGCUGAGAGCGGCUGCUGAGAGAGCUAAAAGAAUACUUUCAUGUGCUCAUGAAACUACUAUUGAGAUUGAUUGCCUUUUUGAGGGUAUUGAUUUCACAUCAACAAUUACUCGUGCUCGAUUUGAGAAAUUGAAUUUGGAUUUAUUCAGGAAGUGUAUAGAUCCUGUUGAGUAUUGCUUGAAGGAUGCUGGAAUUGAAAAGAGUGAUGUUCAUGACAUAGUCAUAGUCGGUGGGUCAACCCGGAUUCCUAAGAUCCAGCAGCUUCUGCAAGAGACUUUCAAUGGGAAAGAACUUUGUAAAGGCAUUAACCCAGAUGAAGCUGUUGCUUAUGGUGCUGCUGUCCUUGCUGCCAUUUUGAGCGGUACAGGUAAUAAGGAUAUUGUUCUUCUCGAUGUUUGCCCGUUAUCUCUUGGCAUUGAACUUCGCAGUGGUAACUUGCUUGUUGUUGUUCCUCGUAAUACUAGUAUCCCAGUUAAGAAAGUUAGCAGGGUUACUACUGCCGAUGAAAACCAGAGUGUUGUGUCAUUCCCAGUGUAUGAAGGUGAGAGACAAAUUGCUAAGGCAAACAACUUUCUUGGUGAAUUUUACCUCUCAGACAUUCCUGCAGCACCUGUUGGUGUCCCAAAGUUUGAUGUUUGGUUUGAAAUUAACGGUGAUGGGAUUCUAACUGUAUCUGCAGAGGACAUAGGCACUGGAAACAGAAACCAGAUCACCCUUACUAAUCAGAGUAAGUUAUCAAAAGAAGAGGUUGAUAGACUGUUGGAAGAGGCGGAAAAGUACAGGGCUGAGGAUGAAAAAUGUUUGAAGAAGAUGAAGGCUAAGAAUGAUUUGGAGAACUAUGCUAACAAAAUGUGGGAGAUGUUGAGAGAUUAUGCAGAGAAGAUUGAAAUUGAUGAUAAGGCGAGGAUGGAGAAUGCCAUUGAGAAAACGAUGCAGUGGUUAGAUUGGAAUUUCCAGCUUUCUGAAGCUUCCAAGUUUGAAGAAAAGAUGAAUGAGCUUCAAGUCAUCUGUGAGCCUAUUAUUGCUGAAGCCUCUAAGCCUGGUGAUAAAAGCGCUUACUCUUAUCGUCAAGAGAGUCCUAUAAGAGCUCUAUUAAGAAAACAAUUCUAUGGGUGGACUGGAGUCUCUAAAAUUUUCAAGGUUUUUGGCUUGGAAUAGAUGAUGGUGCUUAAGUUUGGUUGAAUGACAUGGUUAAAAGUUGGUUUUCAGAUCAUCAGAUGUCAAGAUGUUUCUGUGGUAAUAGCAUUCUGAAGGAAAAAUGAUAUGCUUUUCCGGUAGAUAAACCGUAAUGUUCCUGUUAUUAAAAAGCAGUAUAGUAACGCUAGUAUGUAUUUUGUGUUUCCAAGUAUGUGUAUUGAAUGACAGUUUUCUGGGACAUCUAUAUUAUUAGUA